UUUGAAAACCACGUUAACGAACCAGACCAGUGAAUCGACACGUAACCGUCUAAAUUUCUUGCUCCUAGCCUCAAAUUUUUCUCCUGCACUUUACUUCCUUUCCCAUAUUCAAUUCUUCAACUCUGCAAAAUCUCUCUCUCUCUCUCUCUCUCUAUCUUUCUAUGGCAUCUGCUGCUACUACGCGUGUGACUCACUGUGAGCUGCGGCCGGCGAGACCGGCGGUUCGGGGAAGAGAACCGGGCGGUCCGGUUCAGGUGACGAUCCCCAAACCGAAAGCGGUGGAGGCAGAAGGCACGAACGCGAACAUCGUCUUGCAGCCACGGUUGUGUACUCUGAGAUCGUACGGUUCGGAUCGAUUUGGUGUCAUCAAGACUCCCAGGGACGGUGGCGAUGACGUCUCACCCUUCUUCGCCGCGCUUUCUGACUACAUCGAGAGCUCUAAGAAGAGUCAAGAUUUUGAGAUCAUCUCAGGUCGUCUGGCAAUGGUAUAUACACUUAGCACACAAGUGGGAUUUGAACCCACGCCCUUUCGGAUCAGAACCUUAAUCUGGCGCCUUAGACCAACUCGGCCAUCUCAACUAAUGAUGGUGUUUGCAGGAACAGUGGCAAUGGAAGUGGUGACAGGAAACUCUGUGUUCAGAAAGAUGGACAUUGAAGGAAUAACUGAAGCGGGUGGGGUGUGUUUGGGUGCUGUAACUUCUGCAGCCCUCUUUGCAUGGUUCUCCAGUGCCCGAAACAGAGUCGGUCGAAUCUUCUCUGUCAGCUGCAACGCAUUCAUCGACUCCGUAAUUGACCAUAUCGUCGAUGGUCUCUUCUAUGAAGGGGACCCUACUGAUUGGCCUGAUCAACCCUGAUCAAAUAUUUUCAUUCUUACAAUUUUACACAUUUAAUGUGUCUCGAAAUCAUAGACACAGUUAGAGGAACAUGUAAUUCUAGUAUCUAGAACUAUUAUAUAUAUAUAUAUAGAGAGAGAGAGAGAAGAAUAGCGUAAGUACUGGAAAUAAAUGAUGCUGAAAUAUGUAAACUAGUAUUUCUUAAGCAUAGAUAGACAAUGAAAUGAAAUGUGGUUUUAUUAGCAUGGGGUAUAUAUAUCAUUCAAAACCUCUGAUGUGUGUCAAAAAGAAAUGGGAAGUUGAAUGCACGAUUAUUAUGAAUAA